UCGCGUUAAGACUGUAUCUUAGUUGUAUUUCCAUGGCAUUUUCUUCGAAAUCCCUUUCUACCGUCCAAAUUUCUCCUAUAUAUACAAAUCUCCACAACCCCUUUUCUUCAUCCGACAGUUUUACCAAUUCAACUUUCUUUCUUCAAUGGCUACUUCAAGAAAAUCCAAUUUCAAUGAUUUCUUGCCUCUUAUGGCUGAAAAACUUGGUGGGGAUGGUUUAAUUGGUGAGCUGUGUAAAGGGUUUCAGCUAUUGAUGGAUAGGGAUAAAGGGGUUAUCACAUUUGAGAGUCUCAAGAAGAAUUCAGCUUUUUUAGGGUUGCAAGAUUUGAGUGAUGAUGAUCUUAAGGGUAUGAUUAAAGAAGGGGAUUUUGAUGGUGAUGGAGCUCUUAAUCAGAUGGAAUUUUGUGUUUUGAUGUUCAGAUUGAGUCCUGAGUUGAUGGAGCAGUCUCAGUUUUUGUUAGAAGAAGCUCUGCAUCAAGAAUUCAACUUUUCAUUGUAACUUUACUUUUUUUAUUAUUAAAGAUUGUGACUUUUUUAGUCUUUUGUUAUACUUACACAUUGAAUAUAUAUAUAUAUAUAUAUAUAUAUAUAUAUACAGAAAGAUGGAUCUAUUGAGGAAAGACACUUGUUAGUUGUUUGCUUAUUGAGUUAUCAAAUGUAGUUUGCUGCUACUUUUGUAUUCUUCUC